AUGGCGGAUGCAAUUCUGAGGCGGGAAAUAAAGAGGCUUGUUGAAGAGCAGAAGACUCUUAAUCAACGCCUUCAAAGAAAACCUCCAGCAGCAGCAGCAGCAGCAGCAGCAGCAGCAAGCAAAGGCAGCAAAGGCGGGGCUCAUGGAGAACAAGCAGCAGAUGCUGCAGCAGCAGCAGCAGAAACGGGUUCGCAGAAGCGUCCAGCGGGGGUCGGAGGCCCCGCCUAUGACUUCGCUGGCCCCGAAUUUCAAAUCGCCAAACGCCCCAAGGUUGAGUUAGACCCCAAUUCAGAGAAAAGAAGCAAACGGCUCUUCGGGUUUUUGUCUUCGCAUUUAAACAAAGCCAAACAACAACUCGCAAAAGAAAAAGAAACAGAUUUCGUAAGGGUUUAG